AUGCUCAUCCGAGUGACUGACAGAGUACCCAAUGUGCGGAUCCAAGCAGUUCUGGCGCUCGCCAGGCUCCAGGACCCAAGUGAUGUUAACUGUCCUGUAUCAAAUGCAUACAUGCAGUUGUUGGAAAAUGAUUUGAAUGCAGAAGUAAGGAGAGCAGUGUUAUCCUGCAUUGCACCCUCUGCCAGUACCUUACCAAAAAUUGUUGGGCGCACUAUGGACGUUAAGGAACAAGUGAGGAAACUUGCCUAUGAGGUUUUGGCUGAUAAAGUUCACUUAAGAGCACUUACCAUUGCCCAGAGAGUUAAGCUUUUGCAACAAGGACUUAAUGACAGAUCAGAGGCAGUGAAAGGAAUCAUGCAGAAGAAGCUGCUGCAGUCAUGGUUGAAAUACACGGAGGGCAACAUCUUGGAGCUACUUCAUCGGCUGGAUGUGGAAAAUUCUCCAGAAGUUGCAGUCUCUGCUCUCAAUGCAAUGUUUUCUCUGUCCUCUCUUAAUGAGCUUGUGGAG